AUGGGCCCCCGCGGAGCGCGGCGCGGAGCCCGGCGCGCCGCCGGCUGCCUGCUGCUGUGCUGGGCUCUGGCCGCCGCCCGCGCCGCCCCGCGCAGGACACCCUCGUUCGACGGGCACGUCGCGGAGAACCGGCCGGCGGGCACGCGGGUGCGCGGGCUCAGCAUCCCCCUGACGCGGCUGGGGCCCGAGCCCUGGUGCGCCAAGGUGCAGGGGCGCCGCUGGCACCUGCAGCUGCUGGGCGAGGGACACUCGCACUUCCAGGUGUCGCUGGACGCGCGCACGGCCCGCGUGUGGCUGCGCACCCGCCGCCCGCUGGACCGCGAGGCGCGGGCGCUGUACUCGCUCCGCCUGGGGCUGUGCUGCAAGCGCUGCGCGCCCCAGGGCGCCGCGCCCGCGGAGCUGGCCGCGCUCACCGUGCGCGUCCUGGACGACAACGACAACGCGCCGCGCUUCGUGGGGCCCGGCUCCGCGCAGCUCCGCGUGGAGGAGACGCUGGCGCUCAAGUCACAGGUGUGGCAGGCGCGGGCCGAGGACGCGGACGCGGGCGCCAACGCGGAGCUGCGCUACUUCGCCCUCCCGCGCAGCGCGCACUUCUUCGUGGUGCCGCGCAGCGGACGCGUGGUGCUGGUGAGCUCCCUGCUCCACCUGCGCGCUCCCAUCCCGCUGCGCCUCUACGCGCGGGACCGCGGCCGGCCCGCGCUACUCAGCGAGCCCCUGGAGCUGGAGGUGCUGCCGCAGCCCAAGCGCCUCCCGCCGCCGCCGCCCCGCCGCCGCCGGGCCGCGCUGCCGCCCGCCGCACCCCUGGCACUGGCCCUGCCCGAGAACGCCCGGCCGGGCAUCCGCCUGGCCACCCUGGCCCCGGCGCGCUUCUCUUCCGCGUGGUUCGAGCUGCUGUCGCCGCCCGUCGAGGAGUCGCCGGUGAGCGUGGAGCGAGAGAGCGGCGAGGUGACGCUGCGAGCGGCCCUGGACAGGGAGGCGGUGGCCACCUGGGAGCUCGUCGUCCGCGUCCAGGAGCGGCGAGGGAAGGAUUGGUACCUGGUGCACAUGUCACUUACUGUGACAGAUGUGAAUGACAACGUCCCUGAGUGGGCCAUGGAGCCCUUCCCCUUCCUGGCUGUGGUUUCCCCUGAGGCUGCAGGAGGGACUGAAGUGUACAAGUUGCUUGCUGUGGAUGCAGAUGAAGGGAUCCAUGGAUCUGUAGAAUAUUUUCUCUUGGAAGGUGGUGAAGACAGAUUUGAAGUUGAGAAGGACACUGGCUGGAUUAAAACAACAGGUUUGCCAUUGGUGAGGGACAAGGAGUAUUUGCUGACUGUACUAGCAGCAGAUAAACUCGGAAGCAGAGGAUCCCCAGCCUCUGUUUCUGUAAUUGCUGGAUUUCGACCACCCCAGUUCACCAACAUCUCAUACUCUGUGUAUGUUCCUGAGAGCACCCCGCAAGGAGAACCCUUUCUUACAGUCACUGCUGUUUCAUAUCAAAAGAAAUCCCUGAGCUACAGUUUGCUCACUAAUCCUGGGGGUCUGUUCAGCAUUGAUCCAGCAACAGGAGAGCUCAGUCUAACUCGGAGUGUGGAUUAUGAAGGAGACCCCCACCAGUUCCUCCUUUUGGUCAGGGCAGAGGAGAGCGAGGGGCAGUUCAGCACUGCUGCUGAGGUUUUGGUUGUAAUCACAGAUGUGAAUGAUUGUGCCCCCGAAUUUCAUCAGUCGAUUUACAGCAAAGUCGGUGUUUCUGAAACAGUUCCUAUGACAACUGCACUUCUCCAAGUGACAGCCACUGACUGUGAUUCCAAGGAGAAUGCCCAGUUGCUGUAUUACACUCUGAGCCAAGACUUCAGCAUUACUUCUCAUGGCACUAUUUUUCCAGCCACACGGUUGGACUAUGAGCGCCCUGACCACCUCUAUGAGUUCAUCAUCAUGGCUGUAGAUCAGGGGGAAGAGCCCAGGACUGGCACAGCAACUGUUAGGAUCCAUGUCUCCAAUGUGAAUGAUGAAGCGCCUGAGUUUUCUCAGACUAUCUACAGGAGCUUUGUUUCUGAAGAUGCAGGCCCAAACACACUGAUUGCCACAGUUAAUGCUGUUGAUCCUGAUGGAGAUGGUGUGACAUAUGAUAUUCUGUCUGGGAAUGAGAGAGGGAACUUUGUUAUUGACCCUAAGAAAGGGCUAGUUAGACUUCGUGCAAGCCCAUUUCCUGAGCUGCAGGGGACAGAGUAUGUUCUGAAUGUCACAGCUACUGAUGAUAAUGCCUCUGGAGGGCCCCAUCCUCUCACCAGUACUGCCCAGGUUGUUGUGAAAAUUGAUGAUGUCAACAAUAACAAACCUGUCUUUCAGAAGUGCCAGUAUUAUCGGGAACAUGCUUCUGUCCUGGAAAAUCAGCCUUCAGGGACUGUUGUUCUGCAGGUUGAAGCCACUGAUGCUGAUGAAGGGGCCAAUGGAAUAGUGAAAUAUGGCUUGAUGCACAGAGAUGGUGUCCUGCCAGCAUUUAGCAUUCACCCUGACACAGGAGUUCUGACAACUGUUCAGGUAUUUGAUCGAGAAAAGCAGAGGGAAUAUCCCAUCACUGUGACAGCAACAGAUCAGGCAGCGGAGCCACUCAUUGGAAUAUGUCAGAUCAAUAUUGUCAUCCUGGACCAAAAUGACAAUGACCCCAGAUUUGAAAACACCCACUAUGAAUAUUUCCUUAAAGAGGACACAAGAGUUGGGACCAGCUUCCUGCGUGUUGCAGCCCGUGAUGAUGACUACAGCUCAAAUGCUGCCAUUACAUAUUCCAUAGCGAGUGAUGAACCAAAUUAUUUACAGAUUAAUCCUACCACAGGCUGGGUGUUUGUGAACCAACCCAUAUCUCAGAAGUCAUCUAUAAUUCGAGAGAUUAUUGCUACAGAUGGAGGCAACAGGAGCAGUAAAGUUGAACUUGCUGUAACUGUAACCAGUGCAAAAAACCAGCCUCCACAGUGGGAAAGAGACAGCUAUGAAGUUGUUAUUCCAGAGAAUACGACACGGGAUGCCUCAAUUUUGACAAUCAAAGCAACUUCUCCCCUUGGAGAUCCCCGUGUCACUUACAACCUGGAAGAGGGGCUUGUCCCAGAGACCAACAUGCCAGUGCGUUUCUACCUGACUCCAAACAGACAUGAUGGCUCUGCUUCAAUCCUGGUAGCUGAGCCCCUGGAUUAUGAAACAACAAAGAGCUUUCAGCUGCGGGUGCGAGCACAGAACGUGGCUGCAGUUCCUCUGGCAGCGUUCACCACGGUCCAUGUUAAUGUCACAGAUGUCAAUGACAAUGUCCCAUUCUUCACUUCAUCCAUUUAUGAAGCCUCGGUAACAGAGGGAGCUGAUGUGGGGACAUUUGUCACUCAGGUGUCUGCCACAGACCUCGACCUUGGUCAGCAUGGUGAGGUAACUUACUCCCUGUUACAUGACAGUGGCAGAGACUACACCUGUUUUCGCUUGGACCCCCAGACAGGCUCCAUUUACACCACCUCAGUGUUUGACAGAGAGGAGAAGGGCUCCUACCUUCUGGAAGUCAAGUCAGUGGAUGGCUCUGAAUCAGCUCGACCUGGAAAGCAUGGCAAGCCAAACUCUGACACGGCGUACGUGCGCGUGUCCGUCAGCGACGUGAACGACAACCAGCCCGUCUUCGCCCAGAGCGUCUACGAGGUGAGCGUGGACGAGGACCAGGAUGUGGGAUCCACCAUCCUUACAGUCAGUGCUAACGAUGAGGAUGAAGGAACAAAUGCUAAGCUACGGUAUCAGAUCACAGCUGGAAACACAGGAGGGGUGCUGGAUGUAGAUCCAGAAACAGGAGCCAUUUUCAUUGCCCAGCCACUGGACUAUGAAGAAACAAAAAUGUAUGAGAUCCAGUUGUUGGCCUCUGAUGGGAAAUGGGAGGAUUAUGCAGUUAUCAUCAUCAACAUCAUGAAUAAAAAUGAUGAGGCUCCAGUUUUUUCUAUCAAUGAAUACUAUGGAAGUAUAAUUGAGGAACUGGAUUCGUUGCCAGUCUUCAUACUUCAGGUUAUGGCCACUGAUCCUGAUAGUGGUGUUGAUGGGGGAGAUUUGAGAUAUUCCUUGCAUGGGUAUGGUGCAGCUGACAUUUUCACAAUAGAUGAGAAAACAGGCAGCAUUUACUCCCAUAAGAGGCUGGACCGGGAAGAGAGAGCCCUGUGGAGAUUCAUUGUGUUGGCCACUGAUGAAGGUGGAGGAGGACUUACAGGGUUUGCAGAUGUGAUCAUCAACGUGUGGGAUAUAAACGACAAUGCACCCACGUUCUCAUGCAUGCCUGAUGACUGCAAUGGGAAUGUUUUUGAAAACUCUCCUGCAGACACCUUAGUCAUGGAAAUGGCUGCAGUGGAUCGCGAUGACCCAAACGUUGGUGUGAAUGCUGUCCUGACAUACAGGAUAACAGAGAAUGUGAAGAACGAGUUUGGUACUGACAUGUUUAGUAUCAAUCCCAGUACCGGGACCAUCCACGUGGCAGAGGGACUGCUGGACAGGGAGAGAACUGAAAGUUACUUCCUUACUGUUGAAGCAAGAGAUGGGGGAGGGCUAACAGGAACUGGCACUGCCACUGUCUGGGUUGCAGAUGUCAAUGAUAAUGUUCCCAAAUUCACAAAGAAGCUGUGGCAGGCAGCAAUUCCUGAGAACAGUGCCAUUGACUCAGAAGUCCUGCAGGUGUGUGCUACGGAUGCAGACAUUGGGGAAAAUGCAGACUUAAUGUUCAGUAUCAUUGGGGGAGACCCAGAUGAGAAGUUUUAUAUUGAGAAUGACAAAGAAUGGCAAUGUGGCACUGUUCGACUGAAAAAAAAGUUGGAUUUUGAGAAUGCCCGUGAAAGGCAGUUUAAUCUUACUAUUACUGUGGAAGAUCUGGAUUUUUCUAGUGUUGCAGUAUGCCUGAUUGAAGUUGAAGACUCAAAUGACCACAGCCCAGCUUUCCUUUCUCAGUUUAUUCAGACAAACCCUGUAUUUGAAGAUGUGCCUGUAGGUACUACAGUAACCACAGUGAGGGCUACAGACAAGGACUCUGAUUUGAAUGGGAAGAUUAUCUAUUCUAUAAAGUCAGAUUCAGACCCUAUGAGACAGUUUGUGGUUGACCAGUUUGGUCACGUGGUUGUGGCAAGUGCCCUUGAUCGUGAAGCCAUUCAGAAAUACGCUCUAAUUGUACAAGCUGCAGAUCAGGGGACACCUGCCCGCACUGGAAGUGUUACAGUUUUAAUUAACUUGCGGGAUAUUAAUGACAAUGGACCAAGGUUUGAAGCACCAUACAUGCCUGUAGUUUGGGAGAAUACAUUGAAGCCUGAGAUAGUGCAUAUGAACCACACCUCAAAGCUACUUCAUGCGUUUGAUCCGGACGCUGAGGAAAACGGGCCACCCUUUGCCUUUUCAUUGCCUCCAGAAUAUCAGAAUUCCUUGGACUUUUCUCUUACUGACAACAGAAAUAACACAGCAACUAUAACAGCUUUGAGGUCCUUUGACAGAGAAAAGCAGAAGGUGUUUCACCUGCCAAUAGUUAUAACAGAUAGUGGGAUUCCAGCUAUGAGCUCAACAACCACCCUGACUAUAACAGUUGGUGAUGAGAACGACAACUGCCAUGAGUCUGGCCACAAGGAGGUCUAUGUGUACAGCUACAAAGGAAAAUGGUCAACAACAGUGCUUGGGGAAGUGUUUGCACCAGAUCAGGAUGACUGGGACAAUAAAACAUUUCUCUCUGAAGGAAAACUGCUCAAAUCUUUCAGACUAAAUCAGAGGACUGGGUCUUUGCUGAUGGUGGAUAACACUCCUCCGGGAAUAUACAACUUAAGAGUUAGAGUUUCUGAUGGAGUUUGUCCUGAUGUUAUAUCUACAGUACAAAUCCAUGUCAGAGACCUGGAAAAUGAAGCCAUACAAAACUCAGCCACUGUGCGUUUCUCAGGUGUCACAGCAGAGGAGUUCGUAAGGAGAGAUGAACAUGGCAAAACAAGACAUGGCGAGUUCAAGGAGUUCCUUGCAAAACUGUUACCUGCAAAGCUGAGUGAUGUGAUUGUCUUCAGUGUGAUGGGCAGGGAUGGAAAACAGACAGAUGUGAGAUUUGCAGUUCGUGCUGGCUCAGCCUAUUACAGACCUGAGAAGCUGCAUGCGGAGAUGGCAGCCUUCAAAACUGAGAUGCAGUCAGCUCUGCGACUGAACGUUUCCCAGAUCGAUGUUGACGAGUGCAGGAGUGCCAACUGCAGUGAGGGCUGUACAAACCACCUCAGCGUGAGUGACAUCCCCACAGUGAUGGACACGGGGAGCGUGUCCUUCGUGUCCCUGAGCACCUCCAGCCACGGGCUCUGCGCCUGCUCUGCCCGCGAGCGCCUGCACCAGCCCUGCUCCUCCUACGCCCGGAGCCCCUGCCUCAACGGGGGCCUUUGUGUCGACACUCUGAACGGCUACAGAUGUCUUUGUCCUGCUUCCUUUCAUGGACCAGACUGCCAGCAGACUAAGCACAGUUUCCAUGGAAAUGGUUAUGCAUGGUUUCGUCCCAUCAGACCUUGUUUUGAAAGCUCACUCUCUCUAGAGUUUAUUACUGUGGUUCCAGAUGGACUUUUACUAUAUAGUGGCCCUUUAUCAAAUCCAGAACCUGGGAGUACAGAAAACUUCAUUGCAAUAGAACUCUCUAGUGGUGUUCCUGUGCUGAAGAUGAGCCAUGGCGCAGGUUCUGUGGUGCUGCAGUUUCCAAGUCAUCUGAAUGUAGCAGACAAGAAGUGGCAUCGACUGGAAGUCAGAACCAAUGGUCAGGCUGUCCGCUUCACUCUGGAUCAGUGCAGCGCCGCCGCGCUCUCCGAGAUCGAAGGCGUUGGCCGCUGGCUGUCCACCGAAGAUCGCACCAACUGCGAAGUCCCGGGGUCUGUGCCACGGAGAGCAAGGUAUUUGAAUGUGAACCAUGUUCUCCAGCUGGGUGGUGUGAAAGAGUCCAUACCAUACUCCUACCCACAAUUGCUACACAAACAUUUUUCUGGCUGCUUGCGCAAUUUCAUCUUGGAUACUCAGGUAUACGACCUUCAGUCUCCUGCAGAGUCCCUGAACAGCUUCCCUGGCUGCACCCUGACGGAUGGGAGCUGUGAGACCAUGGGAUCUUCCUCCUGUGGUGCCCAUGGGCAGUGCCUUGGGGACUGGGGCUCGUUUGCAUGUCACUGUUUGCCAGGCUACCACGGCUAUCGAUGUGAUAAAGUGGCCAAGGAGUACAGGUUUGAGGCAGGCAGCCACAUCCGCUACCAGCUGCCGGUCAGCGUGUCUGCGCGCAGGACGCGGCUGCAGGCCCUGGUGCGCACGCGGCAGCCCGACGGCGUCAUCGCCACCGUGCUGUCCCGGGCCAGGGACGAGCACAUCACCCUGCAGGUUGUUCAGGGACUCUUAGCGGUCUCAUACAAUCUGGGUGAUGGAAACUAUUCUGUAAGCCUUCCCUCCUACCACAUUGAUAACGGUGAAUGGCAUCACAUCACACUGGAGAGAAAUGAAAAUGAAUUUACUCUUCGCCUUUAUGAAGGAGGUGGGAAGAGAGAGAUUACUAAAGCAGCAGGAAUAUACAAAGAGAUUGUCAUUGACCCCAGCAGCUUGGUCCUUGGAAACACCUACCCAUUCAGCCAAAACAGGAGUUUUCAAGGAUGUAUGAAGGAUGUCAGAUUUAACAAUUACAGAAUCCCUCUGGACACUCAUGGGAAGGAGCUGGUGUCAGUACUGAGUGCCCAAGGCAUCAAAGAAGGCUGUUCUUCAGAGGCCUGUAGGAAUAACCCUUGCAACCAGGAAUUUAUUUGUAUUGAUUUGUGGAUGAUGCAUGAAUGCAGCUGCCCCGCAGGACACAUGAUCCUGGAGAACGCCUCAGGCCGGCAGUGCGUGCACACGGCGUGCGCCGAGCGGCCCUGCAACUACGGCACCUGCGUGUCCCUGUCCCCCAGCAGCUUCCAGUGCCACUGCCCCGACGGCUACACCGGGCGCCACUGCGAGAUCACCCUGGCCAUCUUCCACAAGGACACGGGCCUCAGCUUCACCUCCCUCUUCGCCAUCUGCGUCUGCUUCCUGGCACUCCUAGCUCUGCUCAGCGCCGCCUUCCUCUGGGCUCACUGGAAGACGCGCAAGGGUCUGCACGGAGGCGUUUACCACGGGUCUGCUCAUCCUGAGGAUCUGGAGGACAUCAGGGAAAACAUCCUCAACUACAAUGAAGAAGGGGGUGGGGAGCAAGAUGAAGACGCCUACAACAUGGCAGAGCUGCAGGUGUCCAUCCAGGGCAGCCCGGCCUAUUCCCGGCACAGGAGGAAGGAGCUCCCGGCCCCGCGGCAGGCCGCCGUGAGGGCGCGGCCCGGCCCGGCGGGGGGCGCGGCGCUGGGCCGGGCGCUGCCCGCGCUGCUGAGGGAGGCCGAGCGCCGCGGCCCGGGCCCGCCGCAGGACUCGCUGCGCGUCUUCUGCACCGAGGGCGCCGGCUCCAGCGCCGGCAGCCUCAGCUCCCUCAGCUCCCUCAGCUCCGCGGGGCUGGGCGGCGGCAGCAGCGCCUGCGAGGACAUCCACGAGUGGGGACCCAAGUUCGAGAAACUGAGGGAGCUGUACUCGCACAGAGAGGCAGGAGACCUGUAG